UCCCUCCCGCACAAAAUGUCCUCCCGGCGCUCCACCCUUGAGCCCGACGUCCUCAUCGCCUCGCUGAUUGGUCCGCGCCCACGUCACUCUCAGCCUCCCAGCUCGCUGAUUGGCGGCGGCGGGGCGGAGGGGCGGGGCGAGGCGGUGUGUGGGAAGGAAGGCGCCAUGGCGGCCGUGGCCCAGUGUGUGCGGGGCGCGCUGCGCCCGCGGUUCCCGCUCCUGAGCUUCUCCCUGAGGACUUCUCCAAGACUGCUCUGUGUAGCAACACAACAGAAAAACACUGGCCAGAACUUAGAGGAGGACCAGAGCCAGAGCCAAAAUGAACAGAAAGUUGAAUCCAACUCUCCUGAAAAAGUUUUGACUGAAGAAAAGGCCAAGCUGGAAGAACAACUAAAAGAAGUGACUGACAAGUACAAACGAGCCCUGGCAGAUGUAGAGAACGUGAGGCAAAGGAGCCAGAAACUGGUAGAAGAGGCCAAGCUGUACGGGAUUCAGAGCUUCUGUAAGGACUUACUGGAAGUUGCAGACAUUUUGGAGAAAGCCACAGAAAGUAUCCCAAAAGAAGAAAUUAAGGACGACAACCCUCACCUGAAGAGCUUGUACGAAGGUCUCGUGAUGACAGAAGUACAGAUCCAGAAAGUCUUUAAAAAACAUGGCUUGCACAGACUGGAUCCUGUGGGAGCCAAGUUUGAUCCCUAUGAACACGAAGCCUUGUUCCACACUCCCAUGGAAGGGAAGGAGCCUGGCACCAUUGCUUUAGUAUCCAAAAUUGGCUACAAGCUGCACGGCCGCACGCUGAGGCCUGCCCUGGUGGGGGUGGUGAAAGAAGCUUAGCUGCUUGCUCUGAGGAUUUCCAAAAAUGCCAUGCAGUUAUUAAACACCUGGAUGGUUUUUCUCUUGACACCCUGCUUUCCUCCUUCCUCUGCCCCCUUCCUCCCCUCCGAGAGGUUUAAAUGAACUCUGUGAGGUCUCCCCAGGAAAAUGAAGUGAUAUCACUGUUGUGGAAGCUCUCUUCUUAACUGUGAUAUUCAGGAGCCAUUAAGCCCUCUGAUGCUUUAGGUUAAAUAGGAUUUUUUUUUACAGUUGUUGCAUUAAAUUGGAACUAAAGGCUCACAAAAAAAAAAAAAAAUGGCAAUUUUCAUAUCUAUCACUGUGUGUAGAUGGAAAAUCCAAACAGGGGUUUAGACUCUUCCUUUUUGUAGAAUCUAAACACUUGAGAAGUGGGUGAAGUAGUGUAAAGAACCCAUUUUCUGUAAGCAUCCAUCAUCUCUGACCCCCUGCUGUGAUAAAUGCCCUUUUUUGACUCUUCAGAAACAGCUUCUCUGAGUGAAAUGGAAACUUUUGUGAAUUCUGAGCUGUAAAUGAAAGGCAAUGGAAAGCAGACUACUCUCUUUUUGUAAUUGUGCAAUCCUUUUUUUGUUCUGUAGCAAUGUUGAUUGAAGAAAACCAUCUAAUACUUGUAUGGCAUUGAAGAACCAAUAGAAUUUAUCCUAUCUCUGGAUUUUUUAAUUUAAUAUUGUAUAAAUUGGUUUAAACAAUUUCAAUAGUCUUGUCAGUUCCAAGCUUUACAACCAGUUUGUUAUGCAAACUGGAGUCACAACCCUGCUGGAAGCCAGAAUACCCCCCAGGAUGUUGAGUAGCUGAGAGUCUGGUAUAUAUUGUCUUCUAGAAGUACAGAAAUUGCAUCUAAGUGGCUCAAACGAACAAAACUAAA